AUGGAACACGAUGUCGUACAGGACAAUAGAAUGAGGAGGGUUUCUGAGAACUGGGUUUCUGUUGCCGCCGCCGCUCCUAUCGGUGACAACGGCUCCUCCUCCAUCUCCACCGCUUCGCCGUUACAGCCAGUUGGGAGCCGGGUUGGAGAAGUGAAGAGGCUCACCAAAGAGACCAAUGUUUCUGUGAAAAUUAACUUGGAUGGUACUGGGGUUGCUGACUCGUCCACGGGAAUCCCAUUUCUCGAUCACAUGUUAGAUCAACUUGCGUCGCAUGGGCUGUUUGAUGUACAUGUGAGGGCAACUGGUGACAUUCAUAUUGAUGACCAUCACACCAAUGAAGAUGUUGCUCUUGCUAUUGGAUCGGAUUUUGAGAGCUAUCAGCAAAGAGAGCUAGGGAAUUGGUCAGGCAAAAGAGUGUCUUGA